AUGGACCGAGGUUUCUUCCGGAAGGUGGAUGUGCCAGACCACGCUCAUUACAUCGUGGCCUGCUUUGUCGUGGUGAUUGGAGCGGUAGGGGUCGGUGGGAACGCCCUGGUGAUGUACGCCUUCUUCAGUAACAAGAAGCUUCGGACUCCUCCCAACUAUUUCAUCAUGAACCUGGCAGUGAGUGACUUCCUCAUGGCCAUCACACAGUCCCCCAUCUUCUUUGUCAACUGUCUCUACAAGGAGUGGGUGUUUGGAGAAACAGGCUGUAAGAUGUACGCCUUCUGUGGGGCCUUAUUUGGAAUCACCUCCAUGAUCAAUCUGCUGGCUAUCUCCAUUGACCGCUACAUCGUCAUCACCAAGCCCCUGCAGGCCUUGCACUGGACCUCUAAACGCCGCACCUCCGUCGUCAUCGUCAUGGUCUGGCUCUACUCGUUGGCUUGGAGCCUGGCGCCUCUCCUGGGCUGGAGUUCCUAUAUCCCGGAGGGCCUGAUGACAUCCUGUACGUGGGAUUAUGUGACCUCCACACCAGCCAAUAGGAGCUACACUCUAAUGCUAUGCGUCUUUGUGUUCUUCAUCCCUCUGGGCAUCAUCUCUUACUGCUACCUAUGCAUGUUCCUGGCCAUACGCACCGGUAGUAGAGACAUGGAGAAGCUGGGCAGUCAGGUAAGGAAGUCCACCCUGAUCCAGCAGCAGUCCAUCAAGACUGAGUGGAAGCUGGCCAAGAUUGCCUUUGUAGUCAUCAUCGUGUAUGUGAUGUCCUGGUCUCCCUACGCCUGCGUCACCCUCAUCGCCUGGGCUGGCUAUGGAAGUACCCUCAGCCCCUACUCCAAGGCAGUCCCUGCUGUCAUAGCCAAAGCCUCAGCCAUCUAUAACCCCUUCAUCUAUGCCAUCAUCCACUCCAAAUAUAGAGACACUCUGGCAGAGAAGGUUCCCUGUCUGCACUGCCUGGCCCAGACCCCUAGGAAGGACUUUAUCUCUGUGUCCAACAGUGAGUCCUCCUUCAGGGACUCCAUGCUCAGCAGACAGUCCUCCACCUCCAAGACGAAGUUCCAUAGAGUGUCCUCUAUGUCCACUGGAGACACAAUGAGGAGUGAUGUCGAGCUGGACUCCAUGGACCAGCAGGGCCAGUCUCUGAGAAUCAGCCACUCCUCUGGAGCUCUGAGAGUGAAGGAGUGCAGACAGUCAUCCCAGCAGCGGGCCAAGAUAAGGAACAGCAACAGCCAGGAAAAGGUAAGGUUGGAGGGCUCACUGAGCAGCUGUGACCACGACCUGGUGUCUGAAUCUGUCAACAUGGCCACCGUGCCCCUCCUUAUGACCAGAGAGGAGGCUGGAGAGGGGUGGCAGGGGGAGGACAAGGAGAAGACCCAGGACAGAGUCCCCCAGUCAGCCCUUGAGGUGGAGGCCCCCCCACCCCCAGCCUCACCCCCCAGGUCCCCCAGGACCCUGAUCCACAACAAACACAGACACUCUGAGGUUUCCCAGAUCAUCAUCAUCCCCUUGUCAGAGACGACGGGGGACUAUAAGGGGGAGGAGCACGGAGCACAGACCCGUGAGAAGAACUUGCUACUGGGCCUGCAGAGUUUAAACUGCUCCACUGAACUGCUGGAGUCGGUAGAGAAAUUCCUCUCCUGA